UACAAGUUGAGUCGUCCGGAUAUGUCUUGUCCUACACGCGUAUCCGGACGGAAAACGCGUUCAAUUUCGAGUUGACACGUAUGUCGGGGAUUCUCGUGGGAGUCGUUGGCGUCGUGAUCGCGAGCCCGUUUGUGGCGCUUGGCACCUUCCUCUUGAUCUUCCACGUGGUUGGGAGGUUGAAGCGCCGUCGGGAUAUCGGCUUCUUUCACCCGUAUGCUGCAUCAGGAGGUGGCGGCGAGCGUGUGUUGUUUUGUGCGUUGCAAACCUUGCCUGCCACUUCCACGGCCGUGAUUUACAUCGGCGAGCCCAUCACACCGACAAAACUGCUGCAAGAUGCCCAAAGUCGAUUCAAUUUCUCCGCGUCGGACGUCAAGUGCAAGAUCGUAGUGGUGGAACUGGCGUACAGAACGCUGCUCGAAGCCAAACACUACCCUCGGUUCACGCUCCUCGGCCAAAGCAUCGGCAGCAUGCUGCUUGGCCUGGAAGCAUUUCUCCGCCACCCCGUGGGUGUGUGGGUGGAUACCACUGGAUGCGCAUUCACGUACCCAUUGGCAUGGCUGGGUGGCGCGACCGUCGUCACGUACACGCAUUACCCGACGAUCUCAAUGGACAUGCUGGACGUGGUAGCUCGGCGCGACGUGGCCUUCAACAACGACGCUGCCGUGGCCAAGAGUCUUACGAAAAGCACGGCCAAGCUGGUGUAUUACCGCUUUUUCGCGGCGUUGUACGGGUUCGUGGGCGGGUUUGCCAAGGUCGUGAUGGUCAACUCGGGGUGGACGCUGAACCACAUCAAGCAACUGUGGCGUAGCGCGCUGCCGCUGGUUGUGUAUCCUCCCUGUGGUACGACGUCGUUCCAAACGUUUCCGCUGGCAGAUCGACAGCCGUGGGCGUUGUCUGUGGCCCAGUUCCGUCCCGAGAAGGACCAUUCGCUCCAACUCCGCGCCAUGCGCGUGCUCCUGGACACCCAUCCCGACGCGAUGGCCACGACGUUCCGCGACUUCAAGAUGAUCCUCUUGGGCAGUUGCCGCGGCGACGAAGACGAAGCGCGCGUGAGCGUCCUCCGACAACAAUGUGCCGACUUGGGUCUGGGCGACUCCCGCGUUCAGUUUGUCGUGAAUGCCCCAUUUUCAGACUUGACGUCGUACUUGGCCAAGGCAUCGAUUGGAUUGCAUUCGAUGCGGAACGAACACUUUGGCAUUGGCAUCGUUGAAAUGAUGGCGGCGGGCCUUGUCGUGAUUGCGCACGACUCUGGCGGCCCGCGCGAAGACAUUGUCAAGCCUGGCACAGGAUACUUGGCCACCACGCCAGAAGAAUACGCCACGUACAUGUAUGACAUCCUCACGCAACCCAAUGUCGCAGACGACACCCGGCAAGCCGCGCGGGUGGCGGCGGGGCGGUUUUCAGACGAAAUCUUCCAAGAGAGCUUCGCCACGGCACUAGCUCCAGUGUUGGCCCUUUCGGCCGCCUCAACGAUUUGAAAGGGCAAUGUGCACACUUGGUGUGCAAUGUAGUAACGUUACUGGUAGAAUGAACACGCCAUAUUUGAUACUACGUACUCUGUUCCAUAAUGAUUGC